UCAUCUAUCAGAGAAGGAGCAGGGACGAAAACCGGCCCCAGAAACUUUCUGAGAAUCUUGAAAACCCUAAAUCCCGGAAAUUUAAAAGGAAAAAAAAAGAAGUAAAAUCCCCCAGCAGUUACGCUGCCUACUCUCCUCCGCCUUUUUCAGCAGUCAGUAGACGGCAAGUCAAGUCGGUUCGGGAGGGAGUAGUGACUGAGGGACUAAGUGAGGUUGGGAGCAUAUAACAGUGAAGUAGACUAUGGGAAUACCGGCAUUCUAUCGGUGGCUAGCAGAACGAUACCCGCGCUCAGUUGUCGACGUUCCAAUUGAUACCACCGCUCCAAACCCUAACGGCCUCGAGUUCGAUAACCUCUAUCUGGACAUGAAUGGAAUCAUCCAUCCCUGCUUUCAUCCCGAUGGAUUGCCUGCUCCGGAGACUUAUGACCAAGUAUUUAAGGCGGUAUUCAAGUACAUUGACAGAUUAUUCUCCAUGAUUAGGCCGCGCAAACUUUUUUACAUGGCAAUUGAUGGUGUGGCACCGCGUGCCAAGAUGAAUCAACAGCGGGCAAGACGGUUCAGAGCUGCUAAAGAUGCGGCAGAUGAAGCAUCUAAAACAGAGACAUUGAAAGGGGUCCAUGUGCCAGAAGGAGAGGAUUUUGGAAAUAAAAAGCUGGAUUCUAAUAUAAUUACUCCUGGAACUGAAUUCAUGCAACUCUUGUCAUCUGCACUUCGAUAUUAUGUACACUUGAAGAUGAACUCCGUCUCCGGUUGGCGAGGAAUCAAGGUUAUUCUGUCUGAUGCUAGUGUGCCUGGUGAAGGGGAACACAAGAUUAUGUCUUACAUCCGUUUGCAAAGAAAUUUGCCAGGAUUUGAUCCAAAUACACGACAUUGUUUGUAUGGAUUGGAUGCAGACCUGAUAAUGCUUGCAUUGGCUGCACAUGAAAUCCAUUUUUCUAUUUUGAGAGAGGAUGUCCGCAAAGCUCUGCCUAAGGACAAAAACCAAAGACAAGAAAUGGUGAAGCCAAUGCAAGGGGAAGGAUAUCUUAGGGAUUUUGAAGCCUUUAUAUCAAGACAAAGAUUUCAGUUUCUCCACAUUUGGGUACUCAGGGACUACUUAGCACAUGAGUUGCAAAUACCGGAUGCAACAGUGAAAGUUGACCUGGACCGACUCAUAGAUGAUUUUGUAUUCAUGUGUCUGUUUGUUGGUAAUGAUUUUUUACCACAUGUGCCAUCGCUGGAAAUAUCAGAGGGGGCAAUUGAUUUGCUCAUGUUGGUGUACAAGAAAGAGUUCACUCAAAUGGGUGGUUAUCUUACUAAUUCUUGUGAGGUUGAUUUGGAGCGGGUGGAGCAUUUUGUAAAAGCAGUUGGAGCACAUGAGAAUGCCAUAUUCAGGAAACGUGCACAGGCACAAAAAGCAUGGGAUAUAAACUUGAAACGUUGUUCAGUUAAAUCUAGAGCCAUGGAAGUUCAGAGUACAACAGACCAUUUUUGUACCGAAACCAGAUUUGCAGUUGACAAGGUCAAAUUAGGAGAAGAGGGAUGGAAGGAAAGAUAUUAUAUUGAAAAAUUUGAGGUUCAAAAUGAUGAAGAGUAUGGAAAAAUACAAAGGCAUGCGGUCUUCAAAUAUGUCGAAGGAAUUUCUUGGGUCAUGCAUUAUUACUACCAAGGAGUUUGCUCUUGGCAAUGGUUUUAUCCUUAUCACUAUGCUCCAUUUGCAUCAGAUUUCCAUGGUCUUCACCAGCUCGAAAUAAAGUUCAAUCUUGGUAAACCGUUUAAGCCUUUUGAUCAGUUAAUGGCAGUUCUCCCUGCUGCAAGUGCGCAGGCACUCCCAUUCUUUUACAGAAAGUUAAUGACAGAUCCAUCAUCUCCUAUUUUGGACUUCUACCCAAGGGAUUUUGAACUUGACAUUAACGGAAAAAGACAUGCUUGGCAGGCGGUGUGUAAAUUACCAUUCAUCAACGAGUUAUGCCUUCUCGCAGAGAUUGAAAAAGCUGAACAUACUUUGACAGAUGAAGAAAAACGAAGAAACAGUUUGGGUCUUGAUCUACUAUUUGUUCACACAUCGCAUCCUUUGGCUGCUAAGAUCUUUUCCUUCUGCAAGCGCAACAAAUAUAACCCAAAAUUGCCCAAGGCUAAAGUGAAAAGAAAAAUUAACCCCGAAUUCAGUGACGGAAUGAAUGGAUACACGUACAUCUCUGAUACGCCUAUACAACCUGUAGCCAUCUAUUCACCACUUGACAACACGGAGCUGAUAACAAAUAAUGAAGUCGUGUCUGUCUUCUACAAACCCCCAUCAUUUCAUCCUCACAUAGCAAAAAUCCCUAAAGGAGUGAUAAGGCUUGGGAAGUCUGUGAGCGAGCAUGAUAUCCAGCCUCCUCCUAUCCUGUGGCAUGAGAAGACAUCAAUUGUUCGACACAGGUUUUCUCAAAGGUGCAUUCCCCCAAGGGCGGUCUCAGGGCCUUGCCUUGCGAAGAUGGCUCGUCAGCUUGUAUCACAGAACUGUGUAACAAAGCUGCAUGAUGCGGAUGGAGACCAUGGUAAAGUCAGCAAGGCCAAACGGAAUUGGUCUCAUGACAAAAUGAAGAACCGGAAGAUAAAGAAUGGAGGUAAAAGGAGAAAAGUCAAUAAAGCCUAGUGCUGCAGCUAUACUUGAAGCCUAGAGUCAGCUUAGAGUCUCAAGAAGGGGCCUGUUAUCCUAAUUUUUUACAAGAGCUCAGAUCUGCCAGAAUGGGCUUUGAGCUUUGGGAUGGGUUGGCCAGAAAGGAGCAUUUAUUGGACUGAGUUCAAAAAUGGAUUACUCUCGUGGGUGGGAUUGUUGUAUCAUGUCGUCAGUAUCGAGUAUUUCCUCCUUUCUAACGUGUGAGGGAUGCAGCUCCAUCUUCUUGUUCUUCUUCGGUAAUUUGAAUUUCUCCUUUUUCUGCAUAUGCUGUUAGUAAAGAUUAGUUCAGCAAAGGCUUUAGUUGGGGUGUAAGCCAGUCCCUGAUGCUACUCA